AUGAGAGAAAGCUCGCGCGCGCCGCGGAGAGGGUGGGAUUUCCACUGCUGUUUGUGUUGCUUUCCCAAGGAAUGUGAGGGACACACCAAGCCCGGAUGAUUUUCAGGGCUGUCCACUAACUUUAGGACCUAGCUCGGCCAUGGAACUGUAGUUAUUUCGCGCUUUCCCCCCACUAAUUGUAACUCCUCGGAUCCCAAACUGGCGACCUCACAUCUCCAGCUGGCACGCGCAAAUGAUCUCAUAGACCAGAUCAAGCUCAAAGUGUUUCCUGCGUGGCGGGGGACUGGAGAGGGUCAUGGUUGGGGCUGGGCUCAGUGUGUGAGGUGGGAGGCUGGGGAAGGGGGCCCGUCCCGGGGUCUGGAGUGUCCGCUGUGGUGCGUCCUGUGUCGAGGAGGCAAGGAGAGACUCAAGCAGGCCUGUCAGAGAGGGAGGGGAGCGCUGCGCCUGCCCGCAGACAUGCUGAGCCUCAGACUUCCACAGCUCUUUGACAUCCACCAGGUGCCAAAGGUGUUUCGAGAGGACGGCAUCAUGUCCGGGUACCGUCAUCCCAGGAGCUCAGCCCUUGACUGCAUUCUCAGCAGUUUUCAAAUGACCAACGAGACGGUCAAUAUCUGGACCCACUUCCUGCCGACCUGGUACUUCCUGUGGCGGUUCAGCAUGCUGUGCACUUCUCUGGACUUCCUGACGGACAGCUACACCUGGCCUCUGCUCGUCUACAUGCUUCUGAUCUGCCUGUACCCCUUCACCUCCAGCUGCGCUCACACCUUCAGCAGCAUGUCAGCCGAGGCUCGUCACAUCUGCUACUUCUUCGACUAUGGCGCGCUCAGCCUCUACAGUCUCGGCUGUGCUAUCACAUACGGCUCUUAUGCGAUGCCCGACUGCUGGGUAAACAGUUGGCUUCAUCAGCAUUUCGUGACCAUCGGUGUCGCCAACUCGCUCUUCUGUACCAGCAUGUCCUGCUACUCCAGGUUCGUAGAGUUGCAGUUCCCACAUAAAAGUAAAAUCUUGCGAACGGCCGCGUUUAUCGUCCCCUUCCUCUUUGAUAGCUUCCCACUGUUCUACCGCCUGCUGUCAUGCUGUUGGGGGAGCUGUAGUCCCAGUGAAGCUCUGGCCAGCCACUCUUACCAUCUGCUCUUUGCGUUCCUCACAUGCUUCCUGUUUGCCUCUCACCUCCCCGAGAGACUGGCUCCUGGACGCUUCGACUACAUCGGUCACAGUCACCAGCUCUUUCACGUUUGUGCAGUGGUGGGCACCCAUUUCCAGAUGGAGGCGGUAUUGACAGACAUGGCGUCUCGCAAAGAUUGGCUGACGUCGCACUCCUCUUUACCUUCGUUUCCGGCCACUGUGGGGGUUCUCGUGCUGGGCGUCCUGCUCAACCUGGGCAUCAUUGGCAUCUUUAGCGCCGGAUUACCACGAACACCUCGCCAAAGCACUUCGGCCCACCUUCAUCAGGAGUAACGAGCUCUCUUGACCACUCCACACCUCACUGUGCACCUUUCUGGACAAUCGUGCACUUAUACAGUCACUUUCACUGAUACAGAAGCCUUGAUACUUUUAUACUGAGAAGCUUAACGUUUAUACAAUUCAAGAUUGUUGAUUUUAUACUCACGGUUUAUUAUCUCAGCCAAAAAUCCUAAAGAUAAUCGCGACCUUUCAGGAGUUAUUUGAUUUGAUUGUUUAGUCAUCGAUAUGAAAGGUUGAGGGUUAAAUGAUUUAGAUUUUUACAGGUUAUAUUCUAACAUAGCUUUUGUUUUUUGUUUUUAUAAACAUAGAUGUUUGUGUAACACUAACUGGGAAAUGAUAACAUAGCAUUAAUCAGGGAUUUUAUAUUUGCAUUAAUAUUAUCAUGAGUAACAUCAUUAAUACAGUUAAUCCAAUAUCAUGAUGUUGCAUAUCAAAAUACACAAAAAUUAAAAUGACUUGCAGGUGGGUAAAUAAGUGUGCUAUUUUGAAUGCUUGUAUCUAUAAUGUCCCUUUUAAUCAUGAUUUAAUGGAACACCUUUGAAUAAUCUUACAGGUUCGGUAACUAAUGAAGGGCUGUUUUUAGAAAACAUAUUUCCAUUUUUACUACAGCACGUCUAAAUCUCAUUCUCCUACUAAACCGCAUCUCAUGGGAUUAUGGGGCUGCACUGGAGUCCUUCACUCUCGUUUGGAGUUAUGUGUCACGUAUCCAUGGUAUUGUUUUGUUCAUUGCAGGUUUAUGGCAUUCAGUACACUCUGCUUCUAUUCAUACACAAGGUUUUUAUAUUUAAUUGCAUUUUGUUAAUGCACUUGUGGAUCCAGUGCAAACUCAAAAUAGGUUUUUCAUUCAUGUAAUUAGCUGCAUUCUGUUCUUAAAUCAGAAAUCAAAGCUAAUCGUUUCGUAUGGCUAAGCUGUUAACCUAAGUCUCUCAUUUUGUCCUUCUUUUUUGUUGUUGUUUGUUUCGUCUGACCUAGUGGUACAGGACAGAUAUGUUGGCUUGUAAUUCAGUGCAAUUAAUGCUGCGUAAAGGCAGUAGUUUCGGAAACCUUUCUAACAAGCUCCAAAGGUUGGUCACUUGGUGGUAAAGAUAUUUUAAUUGGAGUAUAUGAAAGGGAUCUUGGGUUAAAAAGGAAAAGUAGGUGCUUCAGUGGUUAGUGAAGGAAAUGUCUAUUAGUAGUACGACAGCAGAAAUUGUGGUAGGUGUGUGUUUUUCUAGCUCCAGCCCCGCUGGAGUGUGUUCUUCUGCUCAAAGAGGUUUAGAUGUGAAUGUGACUGGUCACAAUAGUAUUUUGUGCACUAGAUUUAAAUGAAGCGUAAAAGGUUUUGGAUUCCAAAUCCCUGUCUGUUUGUUGGCCCAAAUGAAUGUAUUGCAGUUUUGAAAACUGUUUUAAAGCACCGUUUAAUGUUACGAAGUAGCAUUUCAAAAUUACCAAGGAAAUUGAAAUUAUUUAAUUUGUGUUUUUAAAUGUUCUGGAAAUGUUCUUUUUUUUUUACUAUAAUGCUUCCCUUUAAAUCUGAGAAUUGAAAUAUGCAGUUGUUAUCGCAAUGUCUUUUAUUUGCCAUUGUCAAUUUUGAAAUAUGUUUGUAACAAAUGUGAAAAAUAUGUAAGUGCCUGGAAUUAAACUGACUAACUGUUCACUGAA